AUGGACAAACGAUUUACUGAACCGAAUUUUACUUCAUAUUUUUUGAAUAAAUCUUUGGAAUCCACAACAGCCUACAAAGAAAGUGUUGAACAUGGCGUAAAGAUAAUUAUUGGAUUUUUUGAAAAUAUGACUCAGCCUUACAUGGGUUUGUCGCCACACGAACAACUGGUAGCUUUUAAGAAACUGGAUUACGUACCUGAAGAGUCAAGCUCUAUGGAACGGGCUAUGAAACUUAUACAGGAGUUUGUUAUGAAAAAUACGCUUUCUAUAACACAUGAACAUUGUCUGGCACAUCUGCAUUGUCCGGUCCUUUUACCAUCAUUAAUUGCAGAAAUGAUCAUUAGUGCAACUAAUCAAUCUAUGGAUUCGUGGGAUCAGGCACCAGGAGCAUCUAUGUUGGAACAAUGCUUUUCUGAGCAACUUUGUAAGUUAUUCGGAUAUAAUGAUGAGGCAGAUGGUAUCUUUACCAGUGGUGGAACUCAAUCCAAUUUCAUGGGUAUUAUGUUGGCUCGUGAUUAUUACUGUUCUAAAAAUUUACAAUGGAAUAUACAAAAUCAAGGUUUACCUGUAGAAGCAUCCAGAUUUCGAAUUAUUUGUUCUGAAGCAGUACAUUUUAGUAUUAUGCAAUCUGCAUCGAUUCUCGGGCUUGGCCAGAAUGCAGUAGUUCACAUAGAAACAGAUGAAGACUUUAGAAUUCGAGUAGGAGCUCUACGCGAAACUGUAAAUCGUUUAAAAAACGAAGGCUUAUUGCCUAUUUGUAUUUCAGCAACAGCUGGGACAACAGAUUUUGGUAGUAUUGAUUCCCUUAAAGAAUUAGCAGAAUUAUGUGAAGAACAUGACAUUUGGCUUCAUGUGGAUGCUGCAUAUGGAGGGGCAUUAAUUCUUAGUGAUCAGCAUUGUUCAAAACUAAGCGGGAUUGAAAGAGCUGAUUCAAUUACAGUUGAUUUCCAUAAGCUGCUCUUUCAGCCGAUUUCGUGCAGUGCUUUUCUUUUGAAAGAGAAAAGUCGAUUCAUGCUAAUGAAUCUAAAUGCUGAGUAUUUAAAUCCCGAAAGUAACCGUAAACUUGGAAUAAUAGAUCUAGUUUACAAAUCUAUUCAGACUACUAGAAGGUUUGAUGUUCUAAAACCAUUUCUUACUCUUCAAAUGUUGGGCAGAAAGAAAAUGGCGGAGUUCAUAGAUUAUACGAUAUAUUUGGCAGAACAAACAGCAAUCAUGAUAGAAGAUAAUCCAAAAUUUGAACUUGCAGCAAAGCCCAACAUAAAUACUAUUGUCUUUCGGUAUGUUUCCGGUUUUCGAAACGAAAAAAUUCCAAAAGCAGAAUGGGAAAAUGAUAUAAACAGAUCAAUUAAAUUAGAACUCUUAUUAAAGGGUAAAGCCGUAGUAGGUCAAACUGUCGUUAAUGGAACCAAUUAUCUCAAAUUCACAUUGAUGAAUCCAUUAGCAACGUUAGAAGACAUGAAAAAACUCUUGAUUUCAAUAGUUUCAUGUGGAGUGGAGAUUGAACAAAGACUAUUGGUUGACGUCGUUUCUUGA